ACCUGAAUUCUUUAUAUGAAUGGUUAACAUUUUCCUCUACCAUUUCUCCUACUCUUUUUCCUAUCGUUGGCUGCGCAAGUCAAGAAAUUCGUUGAAUUUCGGACUUGCUCUUUAUAGUUUCUCCACGUCACGAAGUUGCACGGAAUUUCCAUGUACCCUUUCUUAGAUUCUAGGGUUUUAGGAAUUGAUUUUCAUUCUCUAAUAAUUCAAGCAUCACCCGUUUUCAUCCUUUAUUCGCUUUUCACAGCUUCCUUUUUUAUUUAUUCUUUCCGAACAAACACUGAUUUUGGAAUUGAAUAAUUCGGGUCUGCAGAAUUUUAUUAGAAAAUGAGCACUGCUACUUUCAGUUCAAUUUGCUUCGAUCAAGGAUUUUUGUCAAAGGAUAAAGUGAAGAUUUCAAAACUGAAGCACAGAAAUGAAAGAGCAAAGCUUUAUGUAGGAGGAGCCUCAGUCUUAUCAACAAAAUGUAUGCAAUCUUCAGGAAAGAACAAAAAGGAAGUUCGCAUUGGUCUUCUUGGUGCUAGCGGUUAUACUGGAGCUGAGAUUGUUCGGCUCCUAGCAAACCAUCCAUACUUUGGUAUUACAUUGAUGACUGCUGAUAGAAAAGCUGGCCAAACUAUGGGCUCAGUGUUUCCUCAUUUGAUAACACAAGAUCUGCCAACUAUGGUUUCAGUUAAGGAUGCAGACUUUUCUAAUGUGGAUGCUGUGUUUUGUUGUUUGCCUCAUGGAACUACACAGGAAAUUAUCAAAGGCCUCCCCCGCCAAUUGAAGAUUGUUGAUCUUUCUGCAGACUUUCGGCUGAGAGAUAUUGCUGAAUAUGAGGAAUGGUAUGGUCAACCACAUAGCGCUCCAGACUUGCAGAAAGAAGCUGUAUAUGGCUUGACAGAGAUUUUAAGGGAGGAAGUAAAAGGUGCACGCCUAGUUGCUAAUCCUGGUUGUUAUCCAACAUCAAUUCAGCUUCCGCUUGUUCCCUUGAUAAAGGCUAAACUCAUUGAACAUAGAAAUAUCAUUAUUGACGCAAAAUCUGGAGUGAGUGGAGCAGGACGUGGAGCCAAAGAAGCAAAUUUGUACUCUGAAAUAGCUGAAGGCAUAUAUUCUUAUGGUGUAACAAGACAUCGCCAUGCUCCAGAAAUUGAACAGGGACUAUCUGAUGCUGCACAUUCAAAAAUAACUGUUAGUUUCACACCACAUCUAAUGCCAAUGACCCGUGGAAUGCAGUCAACAAUCUAUGUAGAAAUGUCUCAGGGAGUGACAAUUGAGGAUUUAUACCAGCAAUUAAGAAAAUAUUAUGAGGAUGAAGAAUUUGUAAAGUUGUUAGACAAGGGAGUUGUGCCCCAUACUCAUAAUGUUCGAGGUUCUAACUAUUGCUUUAUGAAUAUCUUUCCUGAUCGAAUACCUGGGAGGGCAAUAAUCAUAUCAGUUAUUGAUAAUCUUGUGAAGGGAGCUUCAGGUCAAGCACUACAAAAUCUUAAUAUAAUGCUGGAUUAUCCAGAAAAUACAGGGCUUCUCUACCGGCCCUUGUUUCCAUGACCUUCUCUUUUUCACCCUUCUAAAGUGGUUGAGAAGUGGAAGUGGAAUUGUUAAACACAAAAAGGUUACACACUGUUUUGAAGGUCUCAUGAGCAAGUAGAAUAAAAAAGUGUUUGGGUAGAAGAUGAUGGCCAAGUUUUAUUGAGAAAUCGGUUGUUAGUUGGUAGAUGGGUUAAAUUCCCUUGUUUUGCCAUAGAAAAUAAGAUGAUUUGUAUCUAUGGAAGGCCUGAUUUACCAUCUUUUACCUCAAAAGAAUCAAUAAUUGUGUUUCUUUCAGUUAAAAAACUUGAUUUGCCAAAAGUCUUGGGAUGAAUUAGCAUUACUUGGUUUUUGAUAAUUUGAUAGCAGGAUUCCCUUGUUAAA